AUGGACUCUACGAUCUUCAUCGCGGCGCUUGUCGUUGUUGAACGGUUACCGGGCCGUGUAGUCAAGGCCGCCGAUCCAGCGGUGAUCGAUACCAGUUCCGAAUAUGUCAGUGUUAGCUUCAUGAACGACGGUAGCCUGAUCGGCGGUUACGUCGCUAUGGAUGGUAGCGAACAUGUCCUACGCGUGGUGAGGUCUACCAACGGCGCCCGGUCGUGGGAUUACCUCGGUGAAGUUUUCCCGGGUGAGAUUGCGACUCACGAUAUCAAUAACGCGAUGCCACUCCAGUUACCUAACGGUCGCAUAUUAUACGCAUACCGGAACCACGACCGCACCGGCGACGAUUGGCACUACACUUAUUUCCGCAUCUCAAAUUCGUACUCAGAUGAUGGCGGCAAGACAUUCAAGUACCUGUCCACUGUUGAGGAGCACGUCCCGUCCGGCGUCAACGGCCUUUGGGAGCCCUUCCUCCGUAUUGCGAGAGAUGGAUCUUUACAGUGUUACUACUCUGCCGAGAACAGCGCUGCCGACCAGGAUAACCUCAUGAAAUAUUCCACGGAUGGUGGUUCGACUUGGUCGAAUUGGAUUGCCGUCUCGGGAGGCGACCGGACGUCUCGAGAUGGUAUGGUUGGUGUUGCGCCUAUUGACAAUAACGGAAACCUCAUCGCCGUAUUCGAGAAUACCGAGGACGGUCCCUUCUCGGUAGACUGCGUGCUCUCACGUGACGACGGGCUGUCGCGGGGUCAGCGUAACCGGCUGUACACGGCGCGGAACGGCAAGCUAGAUGGAGCCCCGCAAGUGUAUAACGUGUGGGGUACCCUAGUGGCGAGCUUCAUGACCAACGAGGACGUAAACGGGACAAGCGGGUACGACGGCGCCCAGAUGAAGGUAAUCACUAGCGUCGACGGCGGGAGCACCUGGUCUGCGAGCGUGGUCACCGGCGAGGCCGCGUUUCACUGGCCGGGUGUUUUCAAUCGCGAUACUACGCAUUUCCUGGCCUUGUACUCGAAGGACGGGCUUAGGGCUGUGAGCCAGUUGUAUGAAUUGCAGGAUUAG